CGAUGCGCUCCCUCGUCAGUGUAUUUUGUAUACUAUCACGUCUUUUACGUCCACUUUGGGACUCGGAGCGAUGCGGUUUGGUGACAUUCUCGUGUUCGGGAUCCUGACCCGUCUAUCAUUGGCUCUGCCAGGUCCAGUGGACACUGCGGUAGUUCAGCUGCAGCAGUGGGUGGCGACGGGGGCACGGCCCGUCUCACAGCGGGUCCUCCUCAACGGGAUCCCCUAUACUGGCGCCACUCGUCAAGUUGACGGCAUCAUUCAAAGGAUGUUGACUGAUUCGAACCCUUUGAGGCUCCUCGCCAACCAGAUUGCGUUAUCGAGUGAGACAUCAAAUGAAUCGAAUUCCUAUGGCGUCUUUAGUGAGGCAUGCUGGGCUCGUGGUUAGGAAGUCUGCUUCAUAGUCAAGGUUCAAAGUUCAGCUCUGACCCUUCUGAGUGAGGUUUUGCACAGUACUCUUGACUUCGUCUCUCAUUCUCAAAACAUGCAUGUUCAAUUCAAUGAAGGCUAUAGCAACCAAAGAUGAGACGAAAUGGUUGCUUGUCUGAGUUUGCUACUUGUGACGUGUCCAAAAUCAAUCGGGAGAGGCUUCACCUCACCCGUCACCUUAAGGAGGGAAAGCACUAGAGAAAACUGAUGGAUGGAUGGAUGUCUUUGUGGACAGGAAACCACACGGUCCUCCGUUCUCGCGACUGCAUUCUGGAGGGCUUGGAACUGUACUGGGCCGACAGGGUUUUCUACGACGGGUUACCCUACCUGUCCCGGGACCGCGGCGGGGCCUGGAUAGCUCACACGCCGCAAGCGACGGCCCUCAAAGCGUCAUGGGUACAGGCUUUGGGGAACCCUGGGAGGGAGGGGAUCUCCCUUCAGGACCAAUGUGUCAACCUAGUGCAAAAGCUGGACCUUUCUGGGGAACACUCAGGGAUUGUGAUGCCUCAUUUUCUUAUUCCAAUCUUGAGUGUACUGGCUUUUAUUGGGCUCAUUGCUCUCAGUCUUUUAAUCUCCAAACAACAAGAGCGGCAGUACCCCGGAGGUAAGAAAACAACAUUCUUUACAAUUCUCUAUGAACAGCACUGGAUGGAAGAUUAGUGCCAAAAGUUGAAUAUUUUGUGCACUCUGCACACAUUAAUUUCUUGUUACUGUUUUAACCUGACUUGUUGUUUUACUGGAGCAAUUGGUCAACCCUGUUCUCUCAUGUAGGUGUUGUUGGUUCAAUUGUACACUACGCCAAGGACAUGGCAGAUUUCCAUGCUUGAAAAACGGGCACCGCUUAUCAAACCUUAUGAUUCAAAGAUAAAACUAGGAAAGUACGGAGUGUACUGUGAAACAGCCCAAUGGCUUUACUUGGAUGACAUUUGAAUGAGCCAGCAGGUGUCGCCGGGUUUUUCCACUCUGUGAUGAUGCGAAAGCAACCACACCAGCCAAAAACCUUUUUAGUAUGUUGAGUCACAUCAGAGUUUUUAAGAAUUUAUUUAUCUUUUUUUCUGCCUUUCUGUAAACUCGCAGCCAACAAUAAAGCUCUACUGAGGUGAACACACCAGCCCAAUGCCCCAUUCCAUACACUGGCUGUCAAGUCAAUCUUUGAACCAAAAAUGACAUUAAUCUGCUCCACUAGAUGGACAAUUUUUAACGCACUUUAUCAUGUCUGUGGUUAUCAGACUUAAUAUUAAUGAGGAAUUGGGCACACCGAAAACACAUUUGUUAAGUCAUUUUUUUUGUUUUGUUUUGUAUGCUGAGUGAAAAGCAAUGUUGUUUCACACCAAAUGUUUAAUACCAAUUGUCAAAGUCAUUUUGGCUCACCAAUCUCAGCCUUUCUACCAAAUAUUGAGAGAUGUAAAAUGUAAGGUUUAAUCUAAGAUACAUCCACUGAAUUGCUAAUAUUGGGUUUGUAAUUUUGUAAAUUGAAUUCAAGAUCGUUUUAUUGCAUGCUGAUGUUAAUGUUGCCUUGUUCCCUGUAAGCGUCUUUGGGUUUUUGAAAAGCGCUAUACAAAUUUAAUGAAUUGUUAUUAUUAGUAUUAAAUCAAAGUUGAAUGUGUGCACCACAGAUGAGCUCACUUUUCGCCUUUUCAAUGAAAUGAGCCAUUGCCCUUUAUUUAUAGACCGAUAGAGUUCCAUUGUGAUGAUUCACUUGUUAAAAUUUUCUACAUUGAUGCACAUUCAUUAAAUUGCUUUUGCAAUGACUGCCAUUGUUUAAGAAUGUUUGGUGCUAUUUUACAAGUUCAGUCAAUUUUUUAUUAGAUUACAAUUAGGUAAGCCUGGAACAUAUUUACUAAAGUCAGCAUUAUAGGAGCCGUCAUUUCAACUCCAUGACUGCAACUGCGCUAUCUGAAAUACUGUCGCCGGCAACCACUAAUUUUCUCACAUACGCCGGCUCUAUUGAUAAUCUUACAAAUGAAUUCAAUGCGACAUUGUUAAAUGCCAUUGAUUCUGUGGCGCCGUUACGUCUGAAAACUCGCCGUAGAGUGCCUACUCCGUGGUUCACAGAUGAAACGCGUACGCUUAAGCAAUUAUGUAGAAAGCAUGAGCGCAGAUGGCGUCUAACCAAACUUGAGGUUUUCCAUCAGGCAUGGCAGGAUAGCCUCCUGAAAUAUAAAGAUGCGCUUAUCUUAGCAAAAACUCGAUAUUUUUCGCAAGUUAUUAAUCUCAAUAAAAACAAUCCGAAACACCUAUUUGAUACAGUGGCAAAGCUGACUCUGCGCCAGCCGACCCCCGAUAGUUCCUUCCACUCAGCUGACGAGUUCAUGAAAUUCUUUGCUCAAAAGAUUGAAUCCAUUAGGGAUGAGAUCAAGAAUAGCAUUCCAAUCGCUCGGUCGAGCACGCCGUUUACCAACGCUGAUGAUCAUGCAACAACCCUCUCAACUUUUAAAAACGUGUCUCUUGAAAGGCUUACACAAAUUGUUAGUGCGGCUAAACAAACAACAUGUUUACUCGACCCUCUUCCAGCCAAACUACUUAAAGAAUUAUUUCAAAUUUUAGGACCGUCCGUCUUAAAUAUAAUCAAUCUGUCUGUCUCCUCUGGGAUAGUGCCAACAGCCUUUAAAACCGCUAUCAUUAAACCGUUACUUAAGCGACCAAAUCUUGACCCGGACUGUCUCAGUAAUUAUAGGCCAGUUUCAAACCUCCCAUUCAUAGCAAAACUUCUUGAAAAAGUAGUAGCGCAGCAGCUUAUUGAUUACAUGGUCGCCAAUAAUCGAUACGACACUUUUCAGUCUGGUUUUAGAGCUAAUCAUUCCACUGAGACAGCACUUGCUAAAGUGACUAAUGAUCUCCUCGUAGCUAUGGAUUCAAACAUUUCGUCUGUACUGUUACUACUCGAUCUUAGUGCUGCCUUCGACACUGUAGACUUCGAUAUUUUAUUAGGGCGUCUUAAAAGUUGUGUUGGCAUUUCAGGGUCAGCACUAGGCUGGUUCCAUUCCUAUCUAUCAAACAGGACGCACCGAGUGGUCCAUGGCAAUGCGUCCUCGGAGCUCUAUAAUGUUACAUGUGGUGUCCCACAGGGAUCGGUUCUCGGACCAAUUCUUUUUAAUAUUUAUAUGAUUCCGCUUGGGGACAUAAUACGUAAAUAUAAUAUUAGUUUUCAAUGCUAUGCGGAUGACACCCAAUUAUAUAUGCCGUUAUCGAUGACAGAUCCGCGGGAUUGUUGUAAUCUUGAGAAGUGCCUUGCGGAGAUCAAGCAAUGGAUGUCUCUCAACUUCCUUCGUCUUAACCCAGAUAAAACUGAGAUGUUGAUAAUUGGUCCAACUCGUUAUCAACACUUAUUCAAGGAAACCGCUAUAACUAUAGAUAACCGUACUAUCACUCAAAGCGAUACUGUAACUAAUCUCGGGGUAAUAUUUGACCAAACUCUCUCCUUUCAAAAGCACAUUAAGAAUAUAACCAGAAUUGCGUUUUUUCACCUUCGUAAUAUUGCAAAGAUUCGUCCGAUCCUCUCGACCGGUGAUGCGGAAACUAUUAUACAUGCGUUCGUCACGUCGCGCCUGGACUACUGUAAUGUACUAUUUUCGGGUCUUCCUAAGUCCCGCAUCAAAAGUCUACAGUUAGUACAAAAUGCCGCUGCAAGGCUGCUCUCUCGGACAAGAAAAUUUGAUCACAUUACCCCAAUACUAGCCAACUUACAUUGGCUCCCGGUCCAUUUAAGAUGUGACUUCAAGGUUCUUCUAUUAACCUAUAAAUCGCUGCAUGGCUUAGCGCCUGCAUAUCUCGUCGACCUAGUUGUUCCUUAUGUUCCGUCUCGUAACCUUCGUUCGCAAAACGCUACCCUUUUAGCGACACCGAGGGCUAAGAAAAUGUCUGCAGGCUCUAGAGCAUUUUCUAUUCGGGCUCCAGAGCUUUGGAAUGCCCUACCAAUGGAUAUUAGGACUGCUACCUCAGUAGAAACAUUUAAGACACGUUUAAAGACACAUUUCUAUGACAUGGCCUUUAACUAACUUGUAGUGGCCGAUUCGGCUGGAGUUUGUUUUCUCUCCCUCUCCACCCCCUCCCUCCCCCCUCCCCGGCCGGGGAGGUGGUUAGGUGGCACCCAUGCUGACAGCGGCUAUCUGGAUUCUCGUGGGCCAAUUCAGGAAAGGGGAACUGCAGCUCAACCUCCUCGAAGAGCACUGCCAGGACAAUUGAGGGCUCCUUCGGCAGCCCUCUGCUGUGACAUGGACAUCCACUUUUUAUUUAAUUGAUUUUCAUGUUGUAUCAUUUGUGCCCUCUCUGCAUCCAUUUCAACCUGGUGAUCCUGAAAGGGGGAUCCUUCCAUCUGUGGUCCCUUCUCAAGGUUUCUCAUUUUCCCCUGCUAGGGGUUUUUGAGUUUUUCCUUGCCCUUUUGGGAGCUUAAGAUCAGGGGAUGCUUUGAGAAUAAUUGUCAAUUUCUGUCUAUGUGAAGCCCUUUGAGACUGCUUG